AUGCCGAGUCUCGUCGACGUUGUCGACGUGGAGGAUGGAGACGAAUGGCAAAUCGUGCGAGGCUUCGCGGCGGCGCACGGCCAGCUCGGGACCCUUGACGCCCUCCUGGAGUACGCAAAGGGUGCGAUGCGGAAGCUGCUCCACUUCGAGGGACGGCCGGAACUUGCGAGACAGGCGAGGCAGCUAGUGCAGAUGGUGCUGCCGCACGUUGGCCUGGCGGACGAGCCGAUCGGCGUCGCAAGGGACGACGGCAGCGUGCCGAGCAGUGACGACUACCACGCCCAUUUGGCGCUGCUCUUGGCCGAGGAGGUGGUGCCGAACGCGGGCGCUUUUUAUAUGCGCUCCAUCGGCGCCGCCGACGCUGAGGAGGAGUUCGACGGCGCUUUCAGCGACUUUGAUGACGACUACGACGCGGGCGGCGGCGGCGGGCUGGCGCUGCCGCAGCCAAAGCGGCGGCUCGCAUCGUCCGGCCAGUCGUGA